GAGAAGUCAUCGGCUAGUAUUGAAAUCUGACAUGUAUGAUAGACGUUUUCGCGAUCUAAAAGUCGUAUUCCUAUUAACUUCCAGGGUAGUGAGAGCGACUUUAUCAAGGUGCUACGUAAUACCGGCCGGAUUUCUACCUGCUUGAACGCCAACAACUCAGAUGCACACGAAAACAUAAAAUUACCCAGGAAUCGAUAGAUCACUCAGAGAUGCACAAAAACCAAUAUAACAUUGAAAAUGAGAUGAACCUUUCCUUUAAGAAAGUGAAAGUGAAAUACCGCUAGUAAACAGUUUUCUUGUUGGGUCGGUUAUGGCCAGCAACGAAUCCGUUUCCUCAAACCAUUCUUAGGAGAACGGGAUAUGUGCGUAAAGAGAGAGUAGAAACGUGACGUCACGAAAUUGCUUUCUACCCCCCCAAACUCGUUGGGUGAAGACGUUUCAGAUUUUAAUCGAAUAUAGAAUUGAGGUCUCUCGUUUAAUUUGACGAGCGUGUGUUGUGUUUCAUAAAGAAUAUCCUUAUAGAAUGCAAUUGAAGAACGUUGCAUAGUAUCAUCAUUCCAGGUUUGGAAAAAAGGAGGCUAAUUUCCAAGGCGUUGAGUUUUAGUCUGAAUAAUAUUUAUUUCCAACUGGAGGAAAAUAUCAAAUUGUGAUGGCAGAAAACAAUUUCCCUCCCCUGCCUGGCUUCAUCCGUCUGAAGCCGUGUUUCUAUCAGGACUUCAACGAGAUCCCAGAUGUACACCGCUCCAUGUGCAAGAAGCUCUACUACCUAUGGAUCUUGAACAGUGCCACCUUGGCGGUCAAUCUGAUUGGCUGCCUGGCGUGGAUGUGCGGCGGGGGCGGAGCAAUUAACUUUGGCAUGGCCAUUCUGUGGCUCAUCCUGUUCACCCCCUGCUCCUACGUGUGCUGGUUCAGACCCAUCUACAAGGCCUUCAAGACUGACAGCUCGUUCAACUUCAUGGCGUUCUUCUUCGUGUUCAUGGCCCAGGUGGUGAUCAGCAUCAUCCAGUGUAUAGGGAUCCCAGGCUGGGGGGUCUGCGGCUGGCUGGCGACCAUCACCUUCUUUAGCACCAAUACAGGCUCUGCUGUAGUCAUGCUGAUCCCCACCAUCAUGUUCACUGCCAUGGCUGUCCUCUCCUUCAUCGGGCUCACCAAGGUGCACAACAUGUACCGUGGCACUGGGGGCAGUAUGAGUAAAGCCCAGGAGGAGUGGACCACCGGGGCCUGGAAGAACCCUCACGUCCAGCAGGCAGCGCAGCAGGCCGCUGUAGGGGUGGCGCAGGGAGCCAUGCAGCAACAACAGCCCCAGUACUCACAGGCACCCACCUACAACUACGACGACCCGGGCAUGUAGGGCAGGGUGGAGGUGAGGGUAGGAGA